UGCACGUUAGCGGUUAGGCUUUAGAAAACGGCAGUCAUGUCUUCCAAUUCAAAUUCAAGUCCUAAAACGGGAAAGUCUAGUGCAAACAGAAGCAAUAACGAUAAUCCGGAAGUAAUUCCAGUCAUAAGUGACAUAAAUGAACCCCGACCUAUGCCAUAUCUCUUCGAAAAGGAAUUGAUAAAUAAAGCGAAUAAACACAUCUAUGUGGUGGACGAUUUUGUACCAUCCCGGAAUACACAUCACAUAACGGCCAAAUUCUAUGCUCAUCAUCAACAGCGGGAACCCAGAAAUGAUAAGGCAUAUCGCAACUUUAUUGAAAGACCCUGUCCCGAACGACAUCAAACGGAAAAUCAUGUAUAUGGAUGGAUGCCUCAGACACUCAAGGCCACCCAGUUGCUUCGAGAAUUGAAUUUUAUCAAUGCUCCCAAACAGCGAUGUUGCCUUACCGUUUACGGAGAGAUACUGCAGAGCGAUAAAAUUACCGAGAGAGCGGGAUUUAAUGGCUUGCGUUUUCAUUUGCAAUAAAAAAAAUAAUAUCUUUUUUAAAGUUAUU